AUGUCCGCUGGACCGAGCAUGUCGGCGCAAUUGGCCAUCCGUGCUACCGAGCAUCUCCAUCGGCGUCCCCUGCAUACCCUGCUCGAUCAUCUUGUAUCGUCGCGCGCGGCGAGAGCUACCUACGGAGUCGAGGUAGUUGUGACGUAUGAUCCAUCCAAACCAGAUCAUCGAGAAAGACAAGACCGAUCAUACGUUGACUUCACCGGAGCUACGUGUCUUUCAGGCGCGUUUACAGCCAUCUUACUCAAGGGAACUCGAGUGUCAGAAACGCAAGAAUUUAAGCGCACUUAUCGGUUAACAACCGCGAUACUUCAACGUCUAAAAAGCUCAGAAGUAGCUAUUACUGUAUACCGCGGAGACAAGGAAAAUCCUCAAUGGAUAAACGAGGACAAACUCGCCUUCUCUCCCCUAUGUACCGUUCACGCGGAUACGUCCGCAGUUGAACCCAAAGUUUAUGAAGGGGGAAGUCUUACGGACGGACAGCCGAGACGGCACUACAGCAUUGCAUACGACGUCGUGCUGCUUUUUGGCCUUACUGAGCUACAGGCUCAGCUUAGGUGGAAAGAAAAUGGAGUCACGAAACUGGGACCUGCUACCAUCAUUUAUGAGGACGAUUGA